GUGCUACAGCACGCUAAGGAUAGGAUCGGCUUAAAGUCUAGUCGUAGGCGACGUCUCCAGUCCACCCUCUGUCAUAGCUCUCUUACACGACUAGUCUCUGCACACAGCACACAAUGGCUGCAGAGGACGCCCCGCGCAAAUGCUCAGGCCAGGACUGUGAAAACGACGCCAGCGCUCUGCAAUGUCCAAACUGCCAGAAACUCGGAAAGGAGAGCUACUUCUGUUCCCAAGAAUGUUUCAAGCGCAACUGGGGUGAGCAUAAGAAGGUGCACAAGUCACAAAGUAGUAUUCUCUCCAAUAUCUUCACGCCGAAAGUAGUUUCUCACCCGGAUCCAGCCACAGGCCACUACAACCCAUUUCCUACCUACCCAUACACCGGGGCUCUCAGGCCCGUAUACCCGCUGUCACCGCGCCGAGAAGUUCCAAAGCACAUUCGAUUGCCAGACUACGCGAAAGAUGGAAUCCCGCGGUCCGAACAAGUAUUUGUCAACAGGAAUAAGAUUACCAUUUUGAACAAAGAAGAACAGGAUGCCAUGCGCAAAGUGUGCCGAUAUGGACGCGAGAUAUUAGAUAUCGCGGGCAGAGCUGCGAAGCCCGGCGUCACCACAGACUACAUUGAUGAAAUUGUCCACAAGGCCACCAUUGAGCGCGAUUCUUACCCAUCACCCCUCAACUACUGCAAUUUCCCAAAGUCCGUUUGCACGUCGCUUAACGAGGUCAUCUGCCACGGCAUUCCCGAUCAGAGAGUACUGAAAGACGGAGACAUCCUCAACAUCGAUAUCUCUGUCUACCACGGCGGUUUCCACGCGGACCUGAACGAGACCUACUAUAUUGGAGACAAAGCAUUGGCAAAUCCAGACGCCGUACGGGUCACCGAGACUGCGCGAGAAUGCUUGGACAAGGCCAUUGAAAUCGCAAAGCCAGGCACUCUUUUCCGGGAAUAUGGCAACGUCAUCGAGAAGCAUGCCAAAAGCAAAAACUGCAGCGUGAUCAGGACGUAUUGCGGACACGGUGUCAACCAGCUUUUCCACUGUGCACCCAACGUUCCUCAUUAUGCGAAGAACAAGGCAGUUGGGCAAGCGAAGCCGGGAAUGUGUUUCACAAUUGAACCUAUGAUCAGUAUUGGAACACACCGAGAUAAGACAUGGCCGGACGAUUGGACAAGUGUAACCCAAGAUGGUUCACUGACGGCGCAGUUUGAACACACUCUACUCAUAACAGAAGACGGCGUAGAGGUACUGACGGCAAGGUUACCGGACUCACCCGGUGGCCCUGUGCCAAUGCCGACUGCCACCAGCAACGAAUCAAACGGGGAGGCAAAAGCUGACUCUUGAACGGAAUGAGACAGUCGCAAGGGAGUCUGAAUAGAAACCUGCCAAACAAUAGGAUAGUUGAGUUGCGACGAGGCUAAGAGUGCAGCUACCCAUUCAUAUCCCGCAAGCCAUGAUAGUAGUCUCGUAUGCACCAGGCCGGCCUGCGAUGGCCGGCGCUAACACUUGCCAUGUCAACAUAGUGAUAGCGUCUCUUGUGCCGGAACAGUUGUGGCGGCGCAAAGCUCAAAUGGGCCAUUAUCCAUCACAUGAGGCUCCAGUCAGACGAGGGUGGCCCGCCUGCGCUCU